AUGAGCUAUAAACAUCUAAUGCAAAGCAGUGCAAUGAAAGGUGGAAUAUUUCCAGUAUUCUUUGAAUUCUUCAUAAAAAUUGAAGCGUUCUUAAAAUUCCAGGUUGGUGGAGCAGUAUCUCUUGGUGAACAACCAAUCAAAAUGCUAAUUAAUGCUGAAAAAGGAGCAAGAAUGUGUAUUUCGGAGACAAUAAUGAACCUUGUUUGGGCUCCAAUAACCGAUUUAAAGGACGUAAAAAUGUCAGGAAACUGGAUGUGGGCUGCAAAAUGUGAAGGAGAGGGUGCUCGUUUAGUUGAUGCAGUUGGAAGUCUUUGUGAAGGACUUCGGCAGAUUGGAUGUGCGAUUGAUGGAGGAAAAGAUUCGUUAUCGAUGGCAGUGACCGCCCAUGGAGAAUUGGUUAAGAGUCCUGGAACACUUGUACUCUCUGCUUAUGCACCUUGUACAAAUGUUACAAAAGUAGUGAAUCCUGCUCUGACUGCAACUCCUGGUUCGAAGAUUUUAUGGAUAAGAUGUGGUGGAGAUAAGAAUAAGAUGAGAUUAGGUGGAAGUGCAUUGGCUCAGGUCUAUUCACAGAUUGGAGAUGAUUGUCCAGAUAUUGAAGAUUUCACUGAAAUUUCAAAGGUUUUUUCGACUGUUCAAGAUCUUUUGUUGAUGGAUAAGUUAAUUGGAACUGUGUUGCAUCCGAUAGUUCUAGCAGGACAUGAUAUAUCAGAUGGUGGGAUGAUAACUGCAAUUCUGGAAAUGGCGUUCGCUGGAAACGUAGCAGUUGAUGUGAACAUUAGAAAUACAAAAGAGCAUACAAGUCCAAUCGAUCUUCUGUUUGCCGAAGAAUGCGGAAUUAUUAUAGAAGUCUUGAAUUCUGAAGACGUCAUCCGAAAACUCGAAGACGUGAAUAUUGAAUGUCAGGUCAUCGGAACUGCUUCUGAAACUUAUGGUCCAGAUGCACAUAUCAGAAUUCAUGUGGAUGAUAAACUGGAAAUCAAUGAAAAAUUGGUUGAUCUACGAGAAGAAUGGGAACUUGUUGGGGAUAAAUUAGGAGAGUUUCAGACGAAUAUGAAGAGUCUGAAAGAAGCGAAAGAGUUUCGAGGAAAAUGUCGGAAGAUCAACUAUAAAUGUGAUUUCGAGUGGUUUUAUGAAACUUCAUUUAUUUACCAUGAACAAUAUUUCUCGACAGCUCCUCGUGUGGCUAUUAUACGUGAAGAAGGUUCAAAUGGAGAUCGUGAAAUGGCAUCUGCAUUCACUUUGGCCGGAUUUCAGACAUUUGAUGUGACGAUGACUGAUAUAUUAUCAGGACACACAUUGGAUGCUUACAGAGGUGUUGCAUUCGUUGGUGGAUUUUCAUAUGCAGAUGUUCUUGGUUCUGCAAGAGGAUGGGCUGCUGGAGUAAUGUUUAAUGAACAAGUUUCAAAGCAAUUCGAACAUUUCCGAUUGAGAACUGAUACAUUUUCAUACGGAGUUUGUAAUGGUUGCCAGUUAAUGGCCCAAUUAGGAUGGAUUGGGGAUGAAAGGGAAGGAAAUGCAUGUCUUGAAACUACAGUAUUCCUUGAUGAAAACGAAUGCGGACGGUUCGAAAGUAGUUUUGGACCAGUUAAAAUAGAAAAAUGCAAAAGUAUAAUGCUUUCUGGAAUGGAAAAUGCGAUUUUAGGACUGUGGUCUUCUCACGGAGAAGGACGAUUCACUUAUCGUUCAUCUGAAAUCCUUCAGAAUCUGAGAGAAAAUGGACAAGUUUGUGUCCGUUUCUGCGAUGAUCAGGGCAAGAUUGGGUCGGAUCACAAUUGCGAGAAUCUACCGUAUCCAUUGAAUCCGAAUGGCUCAAUUGAUGACGUGGCAGCUAUCUGUAGUCGUGAUGGACGUCAUCUUGCUAUGAUGCCUCACGCAGACCGAUCAUUCUUGACGUGGCAGUGGGCGGAGUUAAACAGCGUCACUUGGAAUACACGUUUUGAUCAGCAAACAGUCGCACUUUCCCCGUGGAUUCGCAUGUUUAGAAAUGCUUUCAAUUGGUGUAAUGCUUAA